AUGGGUAGUGGUGUUAUAGGGGAUGUGGAUACAGUUGAGUAUUUGAUUCAAGCUUUUUGUAUUGAUAACAAUGUUUUGAAAGGUUUUGGGCUUCUUAGGCAAGUUUUGGAAGAUGGGUUUGUUCCCAGCAAUGAAAUUAUCGGAGAGCUAUGCAAGAGAAGAAUGCAGCAUGAAGGAUUUCGGAUUUUCAAUGAUUUAAAGGAUAGAGGGUAUGCUCUGGAUAGGGUCAUGUAUACAACGAUGAUACAUGGUCUUUGCAAAAUGAAAUGGAUUGGGGAGGCUCGGAAGUUUUGGUUUGAGAUGGUUCACAAAGGAAUAGUUCCAAAUGAAUACACGUACAAUGCAUUCAUUUAUGGGUUAUGUAGGAUUGGUAAUCUUAAAGAGGCGAAGGAGUUGUACAAUGAAAUGUGUUGUAAAGGUUAUAAAGAGACCACAGUGAGUUGCAACAUUAUGAUCAAAGGGCUGUGUUUGCGUGGAAGAACAGAGGAAGCUCAUGUGUUUUUUCAAGAAAUGGCUGAGAAAGGAAUUGCUCGUGAUAUUAUCACGUACAAUUCUUUGAUUCAGGGUUUCUGCAAGGAAGGGAAAAUAGAUGAAAGUAUAAAUCUUUUGGCUGAACUUUUAGAGAAGGGUAUGCAACCUUCAGCUGCUACUUAUACUGCCCUCAUAGAAAAACUUUGUGAGAUAGGUGAUGUGGAUGAAGCAAAAGAGUUGUGGGAGGAUAUGCAGAAUAGGGGCGUGGAACCAGCAGUAUGUACUCGUGAUUUCAUCAUAACUAGAUUGAGCAAUAAAGGGUAUGUAGCCGAGGGGAUGGAAUGGUUGGCUGCAAUGUUGAGACGUAACCUCAAACCGCAAAAGCAAACUUUUGAGAGACUAAUUCAAUGUCUAUCACAAGGAGAUAAGCUGGAUGAGGCUAUACUUGUGUUGGAUUAUAUGUUUAGCAUAGGUUACACGCUCCGUGAAUGUAUUUGCCAUUCUCUGGUUGAUAAACUUUGUGAACAGAAUUCCGACCAUGUUGAGACAUGUCUAGGUGGUAUUCUGCAGAAAGAUACGGCAGCAUUUGAGGACUAUGUUGUGGUUGUUAUACAUUUUUGUAUGAAAAAUAUCAUUCAAAGAGGAUUUCGGAUUUUCAAUGAUUUAAAGGAUAGAGGGUAUGCUCUGGAUAGGGUCAUGUAUACAACGAUGAUACAUGGUCUUUGCAAAAUGAAAUGGAUUGGGGAGGCUCGGAAGUUUUGGUUUGAGAUGGUUCACAAAGGAAUAGUUCCAAAUGAAUACACGUACAAUGCAUUCAUUUAUGGGUUAUGUAGGAUUGGUAAUCUUAAAGAGGCGAAGGAGUUGUACAAUGAAAUGUGUUGUAAAGGUUAUAAAGAGACCACAGUGAGUUGCAACAUUAUGAUCAAAGGGCUGUGUUUGCGUGGAAGAACAGAGGAAGCUCAUGUGUUUUUUCAAGAAAUGGCUGAGAAAGGAAUUGCUCGUGAUAUUAUCACGUACAAUUCUUUGAUUCAGGGUUUCUGCAAGGAAGGGAAAAUAGAUGAAAGUAUAAAUCUUUUGGCUGAACUUUUAGAGAAGGGUAUGCAACCUUCAGCUGCUACUUAUACUGCCCUCAUAGAAAAACUUUGUGAGAUGGGUGAUGUGGAUGAAGCAAAAGAGUUGUGGGAGGAUAUGCAGAAUAGGGGCGUGGAACCAGCAGUAUGUACUCAUGAUUUCAUCAUAACUGGAUUGAGCAAUAAAGGGUAUGUAGCUGAGGGGAUGGAAUGGUUGGCUGCAAUGUUGAGACGUAACCUCAAACCGCAAAAGCAAACUUUUGAGAGACUAAUUCAAUGUUUAUCACAAGGAGAUAAGCUGGAUGAGGCUAUACUUGUGUUGGAUUAUAUGUUUAGCAUAGGUUACACGCUCCGUGAAUGUAUUUGCCAUUCUCUGGUUGAUAAACUUUGUGAACAGAGUUCCAACCAUGUUGAGACAUGUCUAGGUGGUAUUCUGCAGAAAGAUACGACAGCAUUUGAGGUCUUCUAG